UCCUGUGGAGGUCCUUGGCAGGCAUCUUCUGGGCAAGCAGGAGGUCCCUGCACCUGUAACUGAUCUUCUUUUGACGUUCCUCUUCUCUGCAGACACAAUGAGGCGAGUGGUACGACAGAGCAAAUUUCGUCACGUGUUUGGCCAAGCGGUGAAAAAUGAUCAGUGUUACGACGACAUCCGCGUCUCCCGUGUUACUUGGGAUAGCUCCUUUUGUGCAGUAAACCCCCGAUUUGUUGCAAUAAUUGUAGAUGCUAGCGGUGGCGGAGCGUUCCUGGUGCUGCCUUUGCACAAGACAGGCAGAAUUGACAAGUCCUACCCAACAGUAUGUGGCCACACAGGACCGGUGCUGGACAUAGACUGGUGUCCUCAUAAUGACCAGGUCAUCGCCAGUGGCUCUGAGGACUGCACCGUCAUGGUGUGGCAGAUUCCCGAGAACGGACUCACCCUGUCCCUGACAGAGCCGGUGGUAGUGUUAGAAGGCCAUUCCAAGAGGGUCGGCAUUGUGGCUUGGCAUCCAACGGCACGCAACGUGCUGCUCAGUGCAGGUUGUGAUAAUGCAAUCAUUAUCUGGAAUGUGGGAACAGGUGAAGCCCUCAUAAACUUGGAUGACAUGCACGUGGAUAUGAUUUACAAUGUGAGCUGGAAUCGCAAUGGCAGCCUAAUCUGUACAGCUUCCAAAGACAAAAAAGUUCGAGUUAUUGACCCUAGGAAACAAGAAAUUGUUACUGAGAAAGAGAAAACCCACGAGGGAGCCCGGCCCAUGCGAGCCAUUUUCCUUGCUGAUGGAAACAUCUUCACAACUGGCUUCAGCCGCAUGAGCGAACGGCAGCUUGCCCUUUGGAAUCCAAAAAACAUGGAGGAGCCAAUAGCCCUUCAUGAGAUGGACACCAGCAAUGGGGUCCUGCUGCCGUUCUACGAUCCAGAUACCAACAUUAUUUACUUGUGUGGCAAGGGUGACAGCAGUAUUCGCUACUUUGAGAUCACGGACGAAUCCCCCUACGUUCACUACCUCAACACCUUCAGCAGCAAAGAGCCGCAGAGGGGCAUGGGGUUCAUGCCAAAGAGGGGCCUUGAUGUGAACAAGUGUGAGAUUGCCAGGUUCUUCAAGCUUCAUGAGAGGAAAUGUGAGCCCAUCAUCAUGACAGUUCCUCGAAAGUCGGACCUCUUCCAGGAUGACCUGUACCCUGAUACAGCUGGCCCAGAAGCAGCUCUGGAAGCAGAGGAGUGGUUUGAGGGGAAGAAUGCCGAUCCCCUUCUCAUCUCCUUGAAGCAUGGGUACAUUCCAGGCAAGAACAGGGAUCUCAAGGUGGUCAAGAAGAACAUACUGGACAGCAAGCCUGCCGCAAACAAGAAAAGUGAUCUCAUAAAUGCUCCAAAGAAAGCAGCUGAUGCCUCAAACACUCAAAACGAAGCCAAAUUGGAUGAGAUUUUGAAAGAGCUGAAAUCUAUAAAAGACACGAUCACCAACCAAGACGAGCGCAUUUCCAAGCUGGAGCAGCAGAUGGCAAAGAUCGCGGACUGAGCGGGGCGAGCGGCGCUGGCCCCGCCGCCAGCCCAGGCACAUUCCAGUUCCCCAGUUCGGCAAGCAGCAGCCUGCAGCAUUCCAGUACGAGCUUUCCUGUUCUCCUAAAUUCACGUCAACGAGAGCCGAUGAUUAAAAGCCAAGCUUUUUAGUGAAAGAUUUUUUUUUUUCCUGAUGUUUUAAUGAAUUUAUGUGACUGUGUCAAACAAGUCAAAAAGAAUAAGUGCUACUUUUACAGUCUUUUUUUUUUUCCAGGUGUUAUGAAUUCUUGAAAACAAAUCCAUUCUGACUUUCAAUGUUGUGCCCAAAUAUCUUUUUCUAGAUUUAGGGACCAAUGCCACAUUGUUCUUAAGCAUUUUUUAAAGUUGCCAAAAAAAAAAAAAGUUGCUUUUUAUUUUUCUUAUUUGCCAUUUUGCAGUAUUUGUGUUUUAAAUUUAAAGGGACAGCACUGCGUGUGUGUGCGUGUGUGUGUGCGCGCAUGGUGGGUGUUUAUACUGUUCAGAGAACAAAACUGAAGCUAUUUUGUAUAAAUCUUCAAUUUUGAACAAUCAGAUCGGUUUCCUUUGCAGUGUGGCCAAGGCUGCUGCUGAGACCCCUCAGAGAUCGUACAAGCUGCCUUUCCUGCCUCCCUAAUGUGUUCCCAUCACCAUUGUCUGACAGUUUAAAGAAAAAGAAACCAUAGUUCUGGAUGAGGUGAUUCGUCCCACAAAAUGCCUCUUCUCCUAUUACACCCUACAGAACUUUUGAACUAGCAUCAUGUUGCCCUUUUAAAAUAGUCCCAUGUUUUGGAUUCCUCUGGCCAUGUCCAGACGGGCAUGUUUUACUUGCCACUUUUUUUUAUUUUGAGGCAGAAGUCACUUUCAUGCAGGAAAUGUUUUUACGUUUAUCCAUGGAGUACAGAGUUUAAGGUGUGCCACGGGGGACGCGAGCCGUGGGACAUUUGCAGUCACCAGGUUCUCCGUGGUGUCCGUUUCAGCUGUAUGCGUUGCUGUAAAUACUUGUUUCUGCACUAGAGCUGCCACGCUCUUUGGCUCAUUGACUUUAAAGAAGCUUUUGAAAUCUGCGAGCUUGCAAUUCUCUGGCCCCUCACAUUAGUGCUGAUGUUAGAAAUUUAGACUCUGCUUCCAAAGCAGCAUUAGCAGUAGCUAGGUGACUUUAUCAUGACGGGUCUCUGGAAACAAAAUGCCUCUGUUAUUUUUUUAUAAUUUUUUUUUCCUCUCUCCAUCAUUCUUGCCUCACCACCCAACCAUGCCGUAAAACUUUGCAGGAAAUUACUUGUUCCCGGAUCAGAUGAGUGACCUCCAUCCCCAGACCUCCUGCACUCCCAGUCCUUUGGAGUGGAAGGGACUGGGGAGGGUGGUUUUGAUCCCAGUUUGGAGAACUGGUUUCUCACACGGUCCUUUGAGAUCCUCAGGGGAGAGACCCUGUGGGCACAUCAGGCUUGUGAGCUCCUCGUGGAAUUUCUUGGAUGCCUCAGCUCAGCAAACCUCUGCUCGUGUGGGGUCUCCCCUGCGAGGGGGGCUGCCUGUGUCAGGGACGGGGCAGGCACGGGUCCCUGCUCGCGGGCUCUGUCCCUGGGGCAUGAACACGAUCCCUGCCACCCCGGCAAGCUGUGCCAGGCUGGAUUGCUGCUGCCCAUCCCAGCACAGCCCGUCCCCGCAGUGCCAGGGAAAUGUCGGCAACCCGCGUCGAGUCCAAAGGUGGGCAAAGACUAUCGGGUGCCGAGAGCUAUCGGCUGAGGAGCCUCAAUACCUGUCCCAGCUGGGGAUCGAUCCCUGCAGCAGCUCACUGCAUCCCCGAUGUGCGUGCACGUUUGUGUGCUUGGGAGCCGCCACACCAGAGCAGCGUCCCCCCACCCAGGGCAUCCCCGGCGGCUGCCGCUCGGCGGGGGAGAGCGUCCCUUCGUCCAGGCUGAAGUGAUCUUUUUUUUUUUUUUUCCCCCAUUAGGUUAGCUAGAAAUCCUCAAAUUUUCCAUUUUUUCUGGUGUUUGCAUGUUCAGAACUUGCAGAUUAAGGAUUCUCUGUUCUGGAGGGAUGUCUGUGUGUGUAAAGGCGAAACCACACCAACGGGACGGCCAGGCGACGUAGCUGGAGAGGCACGAGAACGGGACGCGAAGAGACAGAGGAUGUGUUACAAUUGUAUAGCAUGAAAGCUUCAUAAAAGUGGGUUUUCUUUGUUUUAAGUGGCGAGCACAGCAGGAGGGAUGAGCGUCCCCUGCCCUGUGUCUGUGACCACUGAUGCUGGAUUCACAGUCCAGACGCUCCGGGUUAUUUGAAUGUUCGGUGACGUUUUUGUGUUGCAGUAAAUGGCUGAGAUGAUGUGAGGUUUUUUGGGCUUUUUUUUGGAAAACAAAACCAAACGUAAUGCUCCCCCAAACAGUGAUCUCCGUGUUGAUUUGUAUGUGUGACUUCAGGGUUGUGUGCUUGGGGACCUUUUGUUUUUUCUAAUUGGAGGGAAAUAAGUUUUCUGAGACGCUGGAUUGAAAUGCCCGGAGGAGAUCGGUGUGUGGUAGAUGGUCCGAGGAGGGCGGAGGAAAGGCCGUCCUGGUUUUUAGUUUAUAGCCUGUAUUUUAUUUAAAUGAACUGAUGCCUAGCCAGGCUCAACCGGAGUCAGUGCCUGAAGCUUUUUGUAGCCGUGAUAUCCCAGAAGAGAACCAGCGAAGUCCUGAAAGAUGCGCUCUUAUAGAGCGGCCAUAGUAUCUGUCCAAAUAUUUGCUUCCAUUUUCAAAAGAUAAAAGUCAUUGAUUAUAAACUU